AGGUUAGCCCGCGCCAGAGGCCGCGAGUGGAAGGUUAAUGUAUCGCUUGGCUCUUUUUCCUGCGCCCCCAUCCUCCUCGCCCCUUCUUACUCCCGUUUUGCGUGCCCAAGCCCCGGUUUCUCCCUCGCACUCCCCUCGACGUUAGGCGUCGUCCCCAAAUGAGGCACGAGGCUCUUGGAAGAUUCGGGACAGCUGGAGUUGAUAAAGGUCCAAAAUCUGUCCAGAACUUCAGUAGUCCCCUGAGCUCCCCAACCGCGAAGAGAUUUUACUGGUGUGGUGCGAGUGCUGUGGGGAAAGUCGGACUGUCAGACGCGCCGAGCUGAAGGGAUUCGCCGAGGUGGCCUGCGGGAUGGUUCGGGAAAGCAUACGAACCGUCGGCGCCAGGGCAGGUGCAGGGCUGAAGACACAGCGGGGACGUCCCCUUCUCUUGGACACCCAUUCAUCCAGCACACCUAAAGUGAGCAGCCGGGUCCCAAACCGGGACCCUACCCUCGCAAGCUUGCUGUCUGCAUAGGGAAACACUUUACACAAUGAGGUCAAUUUGAGCGGUUUGGGCAUGAAGAAAAUAACUACGAUGAUGGGAAGGGGAGGCGGACCGCGUUACACAGGGCGGUCAGAGGCAGCCUUGCUGAUAUUUGAGCCAGGAUCUGAGUGAGGAGGGUGACCGGCCACCCACGCGUAGGACUAGGAACCGCGCGCCUCCAGGGGUUAAGCUGCCUGCUGGCUGGGAAGUAGUCCCGGCCCGGCGCCCGGCCCCGCCCCUGCAGGGCGGAGGGACGCAUCACGCAGGGGUGGGGAAGGCGGAUCCGUGCGCAGGGUUGCUAAGGGUGAAACUUUUCAUUGACUUUGCUCACUUCGGGCCGGGGCGCGGGAAGGAGCGGGUUCUUGGUGGGGAGGAGCGAGUGGCUCGGGAAACGCGAGGCCAGAAGGGCAAGACCAAUUCGCCGGCCACAGCCCAGACCGUACUCCGCCCCGCGACACGAACCACCCUCGAGUCCGCCAUCCGCGGUUCGUCGCCGCCGGCCGGCCCGCCCGCCCUCCGUCCCUAGCCGCCGAGCCCGACCUCCAAAAAGCAGAAAGAAUUAUUGAGAAUCAAAACCCAUAAGCCCCCUCAAUCGUCCCCCAACCCUCAACGAAGAAAAAGACACCUUGGCCCCCGGCCGGGCGGCGCCCGGGAGAGAAGGGAGAGUGACCUCCGCCCCGCGCCCAGGACCACCCUGGAGGGAGAAGCCGCCCCGCGGCCGGCACACCGCCCCGCCACCGCGGAGACCCGAGUGAAGGCGUCUGAACCCCGAGGCUGCCCGCCUGACAUUCUCCGCCAUCGCCCUUGGCUUGUGCACGUGCCUGCGCUGAUUCUCUGCCGAAGACAGGACCAUGCAGCUGGAGAUCAAAGUGGCCCUGAAUUUCAUCAUCUCCUACCUGUACAACAAGCUGCCCCGGCGCCGGGCAGACCUGUUUGGUGAGGAGCUAGAGCGGCUCUUGAAAAAGAAAUAUGAAGGCCACUGGUACCCUGACAAGCCACUGAAGGGCUCUGGCUUCCGCUGUGUCCACAUUGGGGAGAUAGUGGACCCCGUGGUGGAGCUGGCCGCCAAGCGGAGUGGCCUGGCAGUGGAGGACGUGCGGGCCAACGUGCCCGAGGAGCUGAGCGUCUGGAUCGACCCUUUCGAGGUGUCCUACCAGAUUGGUGAGAAAGGGGCUGUGAAAGUGCUGUACCUGGAUGACAGCGAGGGCUGUGUGGCCCCAGAGCUGGACAAGGAGAUCAAGAGCAGCUUCAACCCUGACGCCCAGGUGUUCGUGCCCAUCGGCAGCCAGGACAGCUCCCUGUCCAACUCGCCGUCCCCAUCCUUUGGCCAGUCCCCCAGCCCCACCUUCAUCCCCCGCUCCGCCCAGCCCAUCACUUUCACCACUGCCUCCUUCGCCGCCACCAAGUUUGGCUCCACAAAAAUGAAGAAGGGGGGUGGGGGGGCAGGGGGCGGAGGGGUGGCCAGUGGGGGGGCAGGCGGCCCGCAGCCCCCGCAGCAGCAACAGCAGCAGCAGCAGCAGCCUCGCCUGGCCCGCUCCCCCACCCACAACCUGCUGAAGCAGAAGAGCCUCUCUCUGUCUCUCCAGUCCCUGAGCUUCCUCGCUACCAAGCCAGCCCCUCAGUCCCAGCUCUCGCCCAAUGCCAAGGAGUUCGUGUACAACGGCUCUCCUGGCCUCUUCUUUGAUGGGGCAGAGGGCCAGGGCAGUGGCACCGCAGCCCCGUUUGGGGGCAGUGGGGCUGGCCCCUGCAACAGCAGCAGCUUCGACAUGGCCCAGGUCUUUGGAGGUGGUGCCAACAGCCUCUUCCUGGAGAAGACGCCCUUUGUGGAAGGCCUCAGCUACAACCUUAACACCAUGCAGUAUCCCAGCCAGCCAUUCCAGCCUGUCGUGCUGGCCAACUGACCGCCCGCCUGCGCUCGGGGCCAGGAGCACCCCAGACCACAGAAGAGAGAAAGGAAAGGAAAGGCCAAAAAAAGAGGAAAAGAAAAAUUUACAAAAAGAUUUCCACUCUUACUCUAACUUCUAGAAACAAGAUCCAGCCCAGGCAUGGAGUGGGCGGGGGCUCCUGAAGCACCGACCACCGUGUCUAACCCAGCCCCCUGCUGUUUUCCUGCCUGCCUUUGAUUUAUUUGGUUGGUUUGGGUUUUUUUGUUUGUUGGUUUUGUUUUCUUUUUUACAUGUAGUUUUCUAUAUAACAUCUUUAAUUAGUGGCUUCCUGUGCUAAGAAUGGUCCAGAUGUGAAUUGCUGCUCCCUCCCUCCCUCCCUCCUUCCCACGCCUGCUGUACGGUUGGUGUGUCCAAGCUCACAGGGAAGGAAGACCUGCAGCUGGGGCCUGGCCCUCCUCAGAACAGGGAGAGGCCACCCGUGUCACUGCCUCCACGACCCCGCCAUCCUCUCUACGCCAUCCAACCUCAGCAGGCCUCCUCCGGCCCUGCCACCCAAAUGGGCCUGACUCCAGCCCCCGCUUCCUCUCAGGCCUGGGCCCUAGGGAUCUGUCAGCUGGCCACCUGACACCCUCCCCUAGAGCUGAUUCUGUGCUCUGGCUGGUGUAAUCCCUUUCAUCUCUGUCCCCUGGCCCCACGCCACCAUCCCCACCUGGCCCAGAGCAUCACCGGGGCCCCGGAGUCCCAGCCGUCCGCACACACAUCUCUGUGCAGCCCCUUCUUUCCUGGGCCUGAGUAGGGAGGGAGAGUAAGUGCGGGCGUGGCUUGCUGUCCUGUGUUAAAGGAUUCCAAGCCAUGUGGAUCCUCUCUGGAUGUGAUUCCGCGUUGCAGCAGGUGCUGUUUAUGUAUGAGGUUGGGGGAUGGGCUGGGGGUGGGUUGUCCCUCCUUUUGUAGGGUCCUUCACACGGUAGGGGGAGCCUGGCUGAGCCUAAGACACUCCCAGGGGAAGGCACUGCAGAAGGAACUGGUUUCCACACUGCCAAGGGAUCUGCACUUUUGUUUGUAUUUGACCAAAAAAAAAAAAAAGUUGUCGUGCGGGGCUGCGGGAUACCCAGCCUCUGAUACCUAAGAGAAGCCCCUGGACCUGGACCCUCCCAUUGUGGGAGCUUAGCCCAGGGCGGGGGGUGGGAACUUUGGGUCAGUGCCUGUGGUUGGCAGUUCUAAGCCUUGACUUGAGACUUUGGUCUUUCAGCUGUAGAUGUUCUUUUAGUACAUUUCUUCCCCUGCCUGCUUAAGAACCUUCUGGUACCUCUUGCCACCCCAUCACUGCCCAGCCCAGCCCCACUAGGCCCUGAUGCUGUAAGGAGUGGUCUCCUGAGCAGGCUGGGCUGGACGGGUGCUUGGCCGGCACGGGUGGUGUGUUUAGAUUGUUGAAGAGCCUUGCUCCUCGCCUCUGCUGGAGAGAAGCUGUUUCUCUGACCCGACUCUAGUGGGCCAGCUUCGAUGCCAUGAUGCUUUGGCAGGUGGGGCCCAGGGCAUCAGGGCCCCCAUAACCAGGAAGUACCAAAGCACUUGGCACCCCACUUUCUCCUCCCCAGUGACCCCAAGUGGGCAACUGCUAUGGCAGUGGGUCCAGCCCAGACAGACACUGCCAGCCUCUUCUCCUUGCAGUGGGCACCAGCUCUACCUCCCUGAGCAGGGCAAUGACCCAGCUCCCCGGCCCAGCACCAUCUGUCCCCCUAGACUUCUCAGGGGCCAGCCCAGCCUGGGCCACCCUCUCCCUAGCCCUCAGCCCGCGCACAGGUGACAGGCCCAGGCUGCUCUCUGGGAAGGUUGGAUGUUGCCUUAUGCCCCCUUCCAGCCCCUCCUCCCACACUCAAACACACAGGCACCUGCCACGCCCUGUUCGGCUUGUUUCUCACCACAUGCAGGGAGGGGGAGGCCGACCCCUUAGUGUCUUGAAAUACAAAGAAAAAUGUGUGUUUAGGAGCAUGACUCCUGUGCUGGGACCUUGGGCCCACUUCAGUCUGUCUCAAACUUAGGUGUUUUUGCUUCAAUUUUAUUUUUUUUAAGAAAAACAAAAAUCUGCACUAAUUUACCUGGUUUCGUAGGAAAACUUUUUUUUUUAUUUUUUACAUUUUUUGGUGUCCGUUUGUAUUGAAUAAUUUGCUACAUUUGUAAAAUGUAAGAGGUAUAUAUAAUAUAUGUAUAUUUCUAACGUAAAAAACGUAAUUUUUUUCUUUUCAAGAUUUUUUCUUAAAAAGAGGAGAGAAACAAAGAUAUUUUUUCAGGAAAAACAAACUUUAAAAUAAAAAAAGCGGAGAAUAAAGCCUACGUUUCCCCUUUCCCCAUCCUGUCUACCCUUCUUUCCCAGGAACAAACCACAAGGUGGAUCGUCUUGUAAAGAAUGUAAACUUUAGUCCAGAAUGAUGUAUUUUUCUCAAUGCGGUGAGCUGUGGAUUCUCUGUCUAGUUUGACCCCUAGGGAUGGGCAGGGGGGCAUUGAGGCAACGUGAUGAGGAGCUUGGGGGAGCAGGGUAAUGAACUCGUUUUCUUUAGUGAAGGAGGAAUACAAUCAAGCGUUUUGUAUUCAGAAUGUUGUGCAAUAUUUUGGAAUGAAGCAUUGGUGUGUUUAGAGAUUUAGUUUAAAAACAAAAAGAUCAAAUCUGUACAGUUUAUAUUGUUCCAGAUUUUUUUAAGUUUGUAUUAAAAGCAUGAUAUAUAAUAA